AUGGAUUUUCAUAUGCAUAGAAAACUCUUAAAUAUUAAGCGUGGGUUUAUCUUAUGGAAGAAACAUAAUAAGUUUAAUGUGAAGGACAAAAUCAAGGAGACUACAUUAGCUAUUGAGUCCAUUGAUACCUCCGCCCAAAUCAAUGGAGUCUUAACAGAGGAUAUGGUGACUGAAAGAAAUAUUAAACUUAAGGAUCUCAGUAACUUAAAUAUAAUGGAGGAGAUUUAUUGGAAGUGGAGGUCAAGGUCCAAAUGGCUCAAGGAGAGGGACGUAAACAUUAAGUAUUUUCACGCUGUUGCUAGUACCAAGAGAAGACAAAAUGAUAUUUCAAGUUUAUCAAUACAUGGUGUAAAUGAGGAUGUUAGCGAUGGAGUAGAGAUGGCUAUCAUUAACAAUUUCCAAAAGGAAUUUUCAACGAAAGUUAGAUUUACUCCAAGGUUUGACAGGGUUCCUUUCAUGUAUCUUUCGGCUGAGGUUUCUUCUAACUUGGAAGCAAUGGUGACUGUAGAAGAAUUUAAAUUAGCCUUUUUCUCACUUCCAAGUGAUAAGGCUCUGGGGCCUGAUGAUUUUCCCCUCUUUUUUUUUCAGAAGUUCUUGGAUCUUGUGAAAGUGGAGCUCCUGGAAAUGCCUAAUGCGAAGGUCUCAGAGUUGGUUGAGUUCAAGGAUAAUGAAGUGGUGUGGAGUGUUCAUUUUAGAAAUAAUAGAGUUAAUGCAAACACUUACUCUAGUUACUUAGCUCUCUUGGAGAUGCUAAAUAAGGUGUUUAUUCCUAGGAAUGUUGUUGAUGAAGUGAUUUGGGAUAUUGAAGCUGAUAGUGAGUUCUCAGUCAAGUAUAGACAGAUAUUUGUGGAUCUCACCUUCUUUGUGAGGUUUAAAGCUUAA